AUGGGAAGAGUUUCAGACGCUGCUGCUAUUGCCACUGGCAACUUUCCAAACACAAAAGAAGCACUUUGUAGAGGAGAAUAUGGCGUCAGAAGAAGCCUGGUUCGGGUAAUAGAGGGUGGCCUUGAAGGCAAAAGGCAAGUAGAUAAAGUCAUCGACAAGUGUGCCUCCAUGCAGUUGAGUUUCAAUAAGAUCAAAGAACACUUAUUCUUUAAUGGGAUUGACAGAAGUUAUAAGAUAUGGUAUAGUCAUGGGGAGAAACCCCCUAAUAUACCAGAUCCCCCUAGUAGGAUUAGUAAAGUUAGGAGGAAUAGAGAUGAAGUGAAUUGGGAUUCAUUGGAUGAAAUGAUUGAUGAUGCACAUUAUGGAUCAACAGUAAACCCAAACAAGUUUAAGACACUACUUAGUGACGCUGAGAAACCGAUUUACCCUGAUUGUAAAAGAUUUACCAAGUUAUCAACGCUUCUAAGGUUGUUUAAUUUGAAGGAAAAACAUGGAUGGGGUGAUCGAAGUUUGACAGAUUUACUUAGUUUUUUGAAAGAAUUGUUGCCUGAAUGUAAUGAGAUGCCAAUGUUUUCUGAUGCAGAAUCAUGCCCUACUUGUGGUGAGUCACGGUGGAAAAAGAAAAGGAAUGGUGAGGAUAUUAAGGAAGGAAUACCCACCAAGGUUUUGUGGUAUCUUCCACCUAUACCCCGUUUCAUUCGACUAUUUAGAAAUGUUGAACUUGCUAAGAGUUUGUCAUGGCAUGCAAAUGAGAGAGUGAAGGAUGGUAAAUUAAGACAUCCAACUGAUAGUAUAGCUUGGAGGAGAGUUGAUCUGAAGUGGCCAUCUUUUGGCGAUGAAUCUCGGAAUCUUCGUCUAGGUCUUUCUACUGACGGAAUAAAUCUGCAUAAUAACCUUAGUAGUAAGUACAGUUGUUGGCCUGUCAUGCUUGUUAUAUACAAUCUGCCCCCAUGGUUGUGUAUGAAGAAGAAGUUUACCUUAUUGACUUUGUUGAUAUCGGGACCUAAACAACUAGGGAAUGACAUUGACGUCUAUCUAGCUCCUCUUAUUGAUGACUUAAAAACUUUGUGGAAUGAAGGGGUUAGGGUUUACGAUGCAUACAAGCAAGAAGAGUUUAGCCUUAGAGCGGCAUUGUUGUGGACAAUCAAUGACUUUCCCACUUAUGGAAAUUUAUCAGGUUUUAGUGUGAAAGGCUAUAAAGCUUGUCCCAUUUGUGAAGAAGAAACAUGCUCUCAGUACUUGAAACACUCCCGUAAAGUUUGUUAUAUGGGACACAGGAAGUUCUUGAAGAGUACUCAUAUACUUCGAACUUGGAAGAAGGCAUUUAAUGGCGAACAAGAGUUUGGGGAGGCUCCCCGACCUUUAAGUGGAAGCCAAGUACUCGAGAAGAUGUCUAAAAUCAUUUUCAAGAUGGGGAAGUCUAAAGUAAGUAUAGUUAAGAAGCGGAAGGGUCAUGGAAAGGCGAAGGUUGUGGAGGAACCAAAAAGUUAUUACAAAAAGAAGUCUAUAUUUUUCGAGCUUGAAUAUUGGGAACUUUUACUUGUGCGUCAUAAUUUAGAUGUCAUGCACGUAGAGAAAAAUGAGGUUGAUGUGUAUACGCUAGACAAGCUACAACAUGAAAUUGCUUAUAUUUUGUGUAAACUGGAGCAAUUCUUCCCACCUGCCUUUUUUGAUAUAAUGAUUCAUCUCACUGUCCACUUAGUUAGAGAGGUACAAUUUUGUGGUCCAGUUUACUUCAGAUGGAUGUAUCCAUUUGAGAGAUAUAUGAAGAUUCUUAAAGGAUAUGUAAGGAAUAGAAGUCGGCCCGAAGGGUGCAUCAUUGAAUGUUAUAUUGUUGAAGAGGCAAUUGAAUUUUGUUCUGAAUACAUGUCUGGUGUACAUAGAAUUAGGCUUAAUGAAGUAAUUAAUGCUGACAUUCAGAGUCGUCGAGGUAGUGUUGUAUGCACAGUUACACAAGAUGAACUAAAUGAAGCACAUCGUCUUGUGUUACAGAAUACUAAUGAAAUUCAACCUUACAUUGAACAACAUUUCAACUGGAUGAAGACAAAAUUUCCAUCUAGGUCUAAGAACAAAAAAUGGUUACAAGACGAACGUUAUCUUGUGAAUGAUUUGAGAAACCCAUCAAAUAAUGUGUCAGACAUUAUUAAGUGGAUUUGUCGAGGUCCUUCUCUUAAUGUCACUAAAUUUUCAUCAUAUAUGGUGAACGGUACUAAGUUUGCUACUAUGGAGAGUGAUAAAAAUAGAAACACACAAAAUAGUGGUGUAAGUCUUAUUGCUAUAACAUUCCAAGUAUCUACAUCGAAAGACCGAAAUCCUAUUGAAUUUGAUAUGUCUUUUUAUGGUGUAAUUAAAGAAAUAUGGGAGUUAGACUAUAUCAUAACUCAAGUGCCUGUUUUCUUUUGUGAUUGGGUGAAGAGUGAUAGUGGAGUCAAAAAAGAAGAUUUAGGUUUCACAUUAGUAAAUCUAAAUCUAUUAGGGCACAAAACUGAUCGAUUCAUAAUGGCUACCCAAGCCACACAAGUAUUUUAUGUGGAUGAUCCAGCAAAUAAACAGUGGUCUGUCGUGCUCACAACACAAUCAAGAAAUUGGAAUAGUAAUGACGGUGAUUUGCACGAUAUACCUCUUGUUGGACAACAUUGCACAUACACUUUACCUGAAAAUGAUGAUCAAAUUGAUGGUGAUAGUUCUUGUUGUCGUGAAAAUGGAGAAGGUUUAUGGAUUGAUUUAUAA